AUGGACAUAUUCAGUGAUUCAGGUGAAUUAUAUACAAUUAGAAAUCAAUUUCAUACCUACCAACACAACAAAGUUAUACAGUAUGAUUUAAAUUCAUUUUCACCAGAUGUUCAAUUAAAAGUAUUAGAAUAUCAAAUUAGAUCAACAAUAGCAUUAGAACAAGAUGCUUCAAAUUUAAUUGAGAAUGGAAAAUCCUUAUUUCCAGACUCGGAAGAAUUAUUUCAAUUAUUAUCAGCAUGGAAUGAUUUAAAAGAUUUUGGAACAGAUGACUCUACAUACUUUGAAGAUAUAAAAGAAGGAAAAUUUGAACUCCAAGCUAUCCUCACUACCUUAUACUUAAUCAAAUUUGAGAAAGACAUAGACCAGGCAAUAGUUUUCCUCUCUUCAUAUAUCAAUUCAGUCAAUACAUUAAAAAAAUAUAAUGAAUUAGAACCAUUUUUGAUUUUAAUCCAGUUGUAUUUAAUUAAAGGUAAUCUCAAAAUGGCAAUUAAUAUCUUUGAAAAUCUUAAGAAAGAUUUCCCUGAUUCAGCUAGAGAUUCAACCAUUUAUCAAGUUUUUGAAAGUUGGAUAUUAAGUAUUAAAAAUGAAACAGAUAAUAUUAAUAAUAGUUAUUAUUUCUAUGAUGAAAUUUUAGCUAGUGAUUUCGGAGAUGAUUCCGAACCCAAAGGAAAAUUUAAGAUUUUGAAUGUGUUGUUAGUGUUGACAUUACAAUUGAGACAUGUUCCCGAAGCUCAAGAAUUAAUUGAACAGAUGAAAUCAUUAAAUGUGGUUGAUGAUAAUUUUAUCGCUAAUCAAAUCACUUUGAAGAAUAUAUUAGGUGAUGAUACGAAUGAUUUGAUUUCUCAAUUGAGGAAAUUGAAUCCUGAACAUGAUUUAAUUAAAGAUUUGGAUGCUAAAGAGUUGAUAUUUGAUGAGAUUGCUACUAAAUAUAAGUCUGUGUAA